AAAAAUAAAAUAAAAUAAAAGAUAAAAGGAAUAAUUAUUUUAUUAAAAAAAAAAAAAUGUAUUCUUUCCCUCUCCCUCUCCGCUAAAAUCCCAAAACAGCUCCUUUAUGGCUUCUUAUCUCUCUCCAGCACGAGAGCCUCCCCAGAUGGCUCUCCCCUGUUUCCCAUUUUCAUCUUCUCUCUCUGCCUCAUGUUUCCCACUUCUCUUUCUGCUUUUGGUUCAACCCCAUUUCGCCAACUCUGCUCUGCUACUGAGCUUGAAGAGCCACUUUCUUCACCGCCACCACCACAGCGCUAGGCCUCUCCUUCAAGCCAACCAAUCUACCUGUUCUCUGUUUGUGGGCAGCUGGGUUCGCGACACGGGCUAUGGCCCGUUGUACCAAUCGAACUGCCCCGCCAUCGACCCACAAUUCAAUUGCCAGUUGUACGGCCGUCCCGACUCCGAUUACCUCCAGUACCGGUGGCAGCCCUUCAAUUGUGAACUCCCAAGCUUUGAUGGACUUGAAUUUCUGGGGAAAAUGCAAGGGAAGACUAUGAUGUUUGUGGGUGACUCGCUUGGACGGAAUCAAUGGGAGUCUCUGGCUUGCAUGAUUUCAGCGGCAGUGCCUCAAUCACAAACCCAACUUGACAGGGGAGAUCCCCUCUCAACGUUUAAGUUCCUGGAUUAUGGAGUGACAAUUUCGUAUUAUAAAGCUACAUAUCUGGUGGACAUCGAUUUGGUACAAGGGAAGAGAGUUCUGAGGUUGGAAGACAUAUCUGGGAACAGCAAUGCGUGGAGGAAUGCUGAUGUGCUGUCAUUUAACACCGGUCACUGGUGGAGCCACAGGGGAUCGCUUCAAGGGUGGGAUUAUAUUGAGUAUGGAGGGAAAUUUUAUCAAGACAUGGAUCGUUUGGCUGCUUUUGAGAGAGGACUGAAAACAUGGGCUGCAUGGGUUGAUUCCAACAUUGACACAACCAGAACCAGACUCUUCUUUCAGUCCAUUUCGCCCACACAUUAUGGCCCAUCUGACUGGAACACAGCUGUGGCACCAGUGCUUAUGUCGACAAAAAACUGUUAUGGGGAGACUGCACCGAGUGGAGCAACAUACUCAGCAACAUACCCAGGGGGAUAUACAGAUCUAAUGGAUGUGGUGGAUAAAGUGAUUGGCGAGAUGCGAAACCCUGUGUACUUGCUGGACAUAACUAUGCUUUCAGAAAUGAGGAAAGACGGGCACCCCUCCAUCUACAGUGGUGAUUUGAGCCCUGGCCAGAGAGCUAACCCUGGUCAGUCUGCUGACUGCAGCCAUUGGUGCCUUCCUGGCUUGCCUGAUACUUGGAACCAACUAUUCUACACCUUAUUGUUUUACUAAUUUCUUUAGCAGCAGAGAACUAACCCUGACCAAUCUGCCAUUGUUGCCUGUUCCUGGCCUGCCUGAUACUUCGAACCAACUAUUUCACAUUGUUUUGCUCUCCUAAGCUCAGUGUUUUCCUUUCCUUCUUUCCAUUGUCAGUUUAUUUAUCAAAUGAGAGGGUGCAAAUGCAACUUCCUCUCCUCACCUCCCCAUGCUUUUUCACUUAUAAAGUGAUGCAGUUGAAAUGUGUAUUAUUUGUGAAGGCAAGUAACCCGCUUGCUGGUUAUUUGCAAUGUUAACCAAUCCUUCUUGUUUAGUAGAUAAUGUGUAUAUUUUUUUGUACAAA